AUGGGAGUCCCGAAGUUUUACCGAUGGAUUAGCGAACGCUAUCCAUGUCUUAGUGAAGUGGUCCGUGAAUAUCAGAUCCCGGAGUUUGAUAACCUCUAUCUGGAUAUGAAUGGCAUUAUCCACAACUGUUCGCAUCCUAAUGACGAAGACGUGCACUUCCGGAUCAGCGAAGAGAAGAUAUUCGCAGAUAUCUUCCGAUACAUCGAGUUCUUGUUCCGUAUGAUUAAACCGCGGAAAGUGUUUUUCAUGGCCAUCGAUGGCGUGGCCCCGAGGGCUAAGAUGAACCAACAGAGAGGCCGUCGUUUCCGGUCCGCCAAAGAGGCGGAAACGCGUGAAUUGGAGGCCAAAGAGAGGGGCGAGAAGUUGCCCGAAGAGAAGCGCUUUGACUCGAAUUGCAUUACUCCGGGCACUCCUUUCAUGGACCGACUCCAUCAGCACCUGAAGUACUUCGUGGCCAAUAAGAUAUCAAACGACGAUCUCUGGCGUGACGUCAAAGUCAUACUUAGCGGACACGAGACGCCCGGGGAAGGAGAGCAUAAGGUUAUGGACUUCAUUCGCUUCGAGAAGUCUCAGCCCUCCUAUGACCCCAACACUCGCCACUGUCUGUACGGAUUGGACGCCGACCUCAUUAUGUUAGGCAUGUGUUCACACGAACCGCACUUCUCUCUCCUCCGCGAAGAAGUCAAAUACAUUCGCAGCAAAACCGAGAAAAACAAAAGGGAUUCAAAUCCCGAAGCGAUUACUUUUCAUUUGUUUCAUUUGUCGCUAUUUCGCGAAUAUAUUGCUCACGAAUUCUCUGAACUCAAGACAUGUCUCUCCUUUGGAUUCAAUUUGGAGAACAUUAUCGACGACUGGGUUCUCAUGGGUUUCCUCGUCGGCAAUGACUUCAUUCCACACAUCCCUCACUUCCACAUAAACAAGAGCUCACUCUUGAAGUUGUAUUCCGUGUAUAAGAAAGUGUUGCCAACACUGGACGGGUAUCUCAACGAAGACGGAAUCCUAAACUUAGAGCGCUUUCAGAAAUACGUGAAUGAGUUGAGGAAUAUAGACAUCGAUAACUUCAACGACACGUACGCCGACCUCAAGUACUUUGAGUCUAAAACGGGUCGAAAGCUCUUGAAUCGCGAUCGCGACGACGGAAGCGCUGCCGCCGCCAGAAGUAUCUGUGAUUUAAUACCACAGAAUGAGGCGCUCAUUGAUCUCGAAAAUAGUGAUAAUAACGACUCAGAAGUGGACGAUAUCUACGAGAGCAGUGAUUCCGAGCUGUUUAUGGAUGAGUUCGUAUCGCAUAAGAGGGACUACUAUAUGAAUAAAUUGAAUUACACUCACGUGGAUGAGUCGGUGCUCAAAGAACAGGCACACGAAUACAUUCGCGCCAUUCAGUGGAAUCUCCACUACUAUUACAACGGCUGUAUGUCUUGGAGUUGGUUCUAUCCCCACCACUACGCGCCCUACAUCUCAGAUGUGAACAAUUUUGCCGACAUUGACCUCCACUUCGAAAUGGGAGAGCCGUUUAAGCCGUUCGAACAGCUCCUGGCAGUACUUCCCUCUGCUAGCAAAGACUUACUGCCGAUGGCUUUUGAAUCUUUGGUGACGAAUCCAAACUCAGAGCUCAUUGACUACUAUCCCGAAGACUUUGAAACCGAUCAGAACGAGAAAAUGCAGGCCUGGGAGGCUGUGGUUCUCAUUCCGUUCAUCGAUGAGAAGCGAUUGUUGACUGCCGUCAAAGAACUCGAACGCAAAUUAACACCACAGGAGGCGAGCCGUAAUCGACACGGACCUCAUCUCGUGUUCACUUACGAAGUCCAACAAAUGCCGACAUUUAUUUCGCCCAAUCGAUCAGUAUUUCCUGAUCUUUUGAUGAAUCACAGCAAAUGUCUUGAAGUGCCGUUGAAUGGCUUCAGAAUCCCCAUUCAAAUGAUACACAAAGGGCUCUCUAAAGGCGUUGAUUUGAAGGUGUAUUUCCCCGGUUUUCCAACCCUUCAACACAUCACUCACAAAGCAGUCGUCAAGAAAGAAAGGGUUCGUGUGUUUGAAUCGGCGUCUAUGGGAGAGAACAUGAUGUUAGUCAUCACUAAUGACACGGUCUAUAACAUCGAUAGUGUGGCCAAAAGCUAUUUGAAUCAAACAGUUUUCGUCAAUUGGCCGCAUCUGUUGGAAGCGAAGGUGUUUCAGGUGUCGAACGAACAGCACAAGUAUUCUAUGGAUGGCUAUCGGAUUGUCUCUCAAGAACUUGAUGACAAAGAUUACUCUGAGAAUCGGCUCAGAAUUAAUGCUAUAAUCAAGAGAUGCAAAGAGAGAUGGGGUAUACAUGUGGGCCAAACGGACGUUGUUUUGCACGUCUAUCCCAUGACUGGACGCAAGUAUAUUCAUGGAGUGAAAGGAAGGGUUACUUUAGAGAAACAGUGGUCGAGUCAACCCAUGAUUUGUCCGAUUCAGUUGGUUGUCAAAGAUCUUGACACAUAUGAACACCACUUCAAACAGUUCCAAACCAUUGAGGAGAUGUAUCCUAAAGGUUGCAAAAGUUUUCCCGUUUCUAAUCCUUAUUACGGAUCCGAAGCGCGUGUAAUGGAAUGCAACUUAAAGAGUGGUCUCAUUACUGUUGAGGUAUUUCCUAAAUUAGAGCCCGAUUUGAGAGAAAUCCAGGACAGAGCUCAUGAGAUAAUACAUGAGAAAUAUGUGCCCAACUAUGUGUUGGCGCAACGACUGGGCAUAAGUGGACAUCUCUUGUCCCGAAUUACGGGAACUAUAUUUGUUUUGCCACUGAAUGACAAACAAAGAAAAAUAAACAUCGGAUUGAAUUUGAAGUUCAAUGCAAAGAACGAAGAGAUUCCCGGAUAUUCCAUCAAAAGAGAUGAUGUCUGGCUUUUCUCUGAGAAAAUCUUUAGGAUAAUGGAGGAGUAUUUGACUAAAUUUCCAUUCAUUUUUGACAAACUGUCCUCUUGUGCCGACAAAGACUUCUUCACUGCCGAUGACUUGAUUCCCGGAGAGAACAAGGGGAAAACUUUGGAUACGAUUCAGAAUUGGUUGCGAUCUCUUCCGUCGGCGGCAGAGAAGCGGCAGAAAUGUAACGCAGAAAUUCUCGACGAAUUCAUUGUCGAAGCCAUCGAAGAUGUCAUCAAUACUCAUAUUGUAUUCCCCAAAGAUAUCCCUUCAGUUAUAGAGACGUAUAAACCGAACCAAUUGUUUCGUCCGAUCCAUUACUUGGGUUACUCUCUGCCGGACCCGACCACCACUUUCCAGCUCUUUGAUCGCGUGGUUAACAUCCGAAGCGGUAUUUCUGUGCCAUUGGGAGCGAAAGGGACUGUGAUUGGCGUCAAUAUGGACGACACCAAUGAAGUGAACACUUUGUAUGACAUUGUAUUUGAUGAAGAAUUUGUGGGCGGAUUAACAGUUAGAUGUACGCCUGGAAAGGGAUACAAACUCUCGCCCGCAAACCUCAUUAACAUUACAUAUGGACUGAAACAGUCGGGAAAGUUUGAACAGUUUCUAGCAGUCGGUUCUGGUCAGCCUUUGCAGACUAGACCUCAUCAUAAACAAUACCAAAACAAUAGACAAUUCAGGGAUCAGUCGGGACCCUCUUUUGGUAAUCGGAUGCCUCGACAACGAUUCCAGAAUCCAGGAAAUGUACCGUUCAAUCAACCACUCACUCACGCAAAUGUAUCCAAUACUCAGACAGCAAUUUCCAUUCAGACGUUAAAUCACUCUAAAACAUCUCCCUUUCAGUCACCGAAACACGAGACUCACAAGAAUGAAGAGUUCCCAGCAAUGGCUGACUUAUGGACCGCUUUGUCAGAAAACAAAAAUUUAUUGCCAAAGCGAUCGUUUGCUGAGAUCACAGCAAAACCUCAACAACUGCCUCAACAACUGCCACAACAACUACAGACACAACAACAACAACAGAAUGUGUCGAUUCAACCGAAAGAGCCGUACGAUAGAAGCAAAUCUAAUCCGAAGACCAGAAUUCAAAAGAACUCUUACGACAGCAGAAGAGCUGAAAGCGUUGAACCGAAUAAACCGAUAAAUAGGAUCCAAUUAAUCGAAAGCUUCAGAACUAUGUUAACCAAUGCUUGCGAUCGCUAUUUCAAUCUUCAUCCCAAAUAUGAAUCAUUCACUUUCGGUCCCAUGAAAUCCAAAGCCAUUAAACUGACGCUUCCGGACGGACACGCGUUUCAAACGAUUGUUAAUUCCCACAACAAUAUCGACGACGCGUUUGAAUACUUGGCCCGAAAUGGACUCAUUUUUAUUAACGACAGAUUUAACGCUAACAUCGACUUAAAUCGACCGAAAAAACUGUUGUCUUCGCCAUCUUUUAUAGACCCAAACCAGUCGUCACCGAAUAGGCCGCGAAUUGACGAGAGUUUUCUGCCCCGACCGCCCUCUUCGUGGGUCAACGUUAAUAAGCCCGUGAAUCAGCCCUUCGUCCGACCCAUACCUAUACAACAACCCAUUCCCGAGUCAUUUGUCGAACACAAUGAAAGACUUCUUCGAGAUCUACAGAAAGGGAAAAAUUCUUCCUCAAAGGCCAACACAAACACUGCACUCAAUAAGGAUCGGAACGUUCCGCCGAAGAAGUUAUUCGACAACAAAAAUGAUGGUUUGAAUAACACGUCACCCAAUGUUAGGUCGACUCAAAUCAAGAUCAUGCGUAAAGUACCCAACGAUGUCAUCAACGAUAGCCCACAACAAAGACAUCGUCAACACUCGACGUCUUCAUCUGGCGGUCAGUCGGCUUUUGAGAACCAAUUCGUGCCCUUACAAGUGGCCCGAAAUAAUCAGUCCCACCGACACGUGACGCCUCACAAGAAUACUCCACCAAAAGGCACGGCUGAGCCCAAAGAGGUGAUUGAAAUCCACUCGACCUCAUCGUCUGAGGUGGAGGUCCUCCUGACGCCCGAACAAAUGGCCCGAUUGUCACACCAGACCUCGGCUCCCAAAGACCACUCUAACGACGAGAUUGAGAUCCUGACGCCCGAAGCGCUGAUCGCCGGCUCCUCUGACACCCCGUCGUCUGGAAAGCGUCGCAACCGUAGUGGUCACUAUAAGAGAGAGUACGACAACGACUCCAACGGCAAUGAGGCCUUCAAUUCACAUGGUGGCGAACGGAAGCGAAAGCGGAAGAGUCGAUGGGGUGGCGACGACGAGGAGAAGGUGUUCAUCCCAGGGAUGCCUACAAUGCUGCCCAACAACCUGUCCAAAGAACAGGAACAGAUAUACCUCCUUCAAGUAGAGAUCGAAGCGAUUAGCCGUCAAUUACUUUCCGGUGAUCUCGGAAUACCACCCAAUCCUGAAGAGAGAUCUCCCUCUCCUGAGCCUAUCUAUAAUAAUGAGGGCAAACGACUCAAUACACGAGAGUUUAGAACCAGAAAGAAAUUAGAGGACAAACGGCAUGAAUCCAUUCAGACUAUGUUUUCACUGAACCCGGGCUACAAACCGCCCGCAGAUUACAAGCCUCCGCAGCUCAAGAUCAGCGAAAAGGUUCUCAUCCCUCAAGAGGAGUACCCGGACAUCAAUUUUGUAGGACUGCUGAUUGGCCCGCGAGGGAACACAUUGAAGGCGAUGGAAAAAGACACCGGCGCUAAGAUUAUAAUCAGAGGAAAGGGAUCCGUCAAAGAAGGAAAGAUUGGCAGAAAAGAUGGUCAGCCAAUGCCCGGAGAGGACGAACCCUUACACGCAUUCAUCACUGGUUUGACUACGGACUCGGUUGUCAAAGCGGUUCAUAAAAUCAAGGAAGUGAUCCGUCAGGGCGUCGAAGUGCCUGAAAACCAGAACGACUUGAGACGAAUGCAGUUGCGAGAGUUGGCGCUCUUGAACGGCACUCUUCGGGAGAGCGAUGGUCCGCGUUGUUCCAACUGUGGGUCAACAGUGCACCGGUCGUGGCAGUGCCCGGACAAGCCUAAUGUGACCAAUAACGUGAUUUGCAGCAAUUGUAAUGGUGUCGGACAUAUUGCCCGCGACUGCAAGGAGAAGAAGACGCCCACCGGUCCCGUCAACCAAACCAAGAUCGACGAGGAGUACAUGUCUCUGAUGGCUGAGUUGGGCGAAGGAUCCCCGCCUCGCCGGACAGGCGGCAGUUCGUACAGUGCCGGCGGAAUGGGGCCCACAAUCGGUAUGACAUCGCAAAUGGCACCCAAAGCUAUUGCCGCGCCUCCGCCCCCACCAUCUCUACCGUCGAUGUCUCCCUCAACGACAACGGCUCCGACACCGCUACUGCCGACCCCCUCUAUGGGUCAGCCCACCAGCUCUUGGAACGCACCGUCAGGACUGAGCUCUUGGCCGACAUCGCAGACCCCGUAUGGAGUGAACGCAAACUCCAAUCCCUAUCCUAUGAGUGAUUCCUACGGUUCAAACAACAUGUACUCUCCGUCGACAACAUCACCAAUGGGUUGGUCUCAAAGCUCGUGGAACUCAAUGGUGCCGUCGAGUGUGGUCUCUCCCGUGCCGCCCCCACCUCCCACUCAAACACAGACAUCAAAUAACGGGUGGAAUAUGUAUAUGUCUCCCGGAGGAGCUAUGCCUCCCCCACCGCCACCUCCUAUGUCUAUGGGCUCACACCAACAGAUGUCGAAUAUGAUGGUUCCUCCGCCGCCACCCCCUCCGCCUCCUCCCCCACCACCACCUCCGCCGCCGAUGUAAUUGAUGGCAAAGUUGGGUCUUAAUUGAGAAGCUUUUUAAUUUAUACAAACGAUAGUUAUUUGGCUAUGAAUUCAAUUAAAUGUCAUUUUCUUUAAUAAUAAACUUUUUGAUUCAA